AUGGGUAAAACCUCAUUUACUACGAAUCUACUGGACAGUAAUUGUUGCACUAGUCCAAGCAGUGAAGAGGACACUUCAACGACCGUUACGUUGGACAAUCCGGUUGAAACAACCGUGACAUCGUCGGGCAUUCACUCCAUGUGGCUUAACUGGAAAAACCCACGCGCUGUUCUGGAUUUGUGCACUGAAUCCGAGACCGGAUCGGCACUUGAGAUACGGCGGCAGAAAAAUCGCGAGUCCAUGCGACGAUCACGUCAGCGCCAACGAGAUCAAUUGCAAAUGUUACGUGAUGCAGUAACUGAUCUGGAAAAACAGUACCAAUCGAUCCGAUUGCGUUCGGAACCGUUGGAAAAUGAUCAGAAUAUCACUAGCACAAGCGAUCGGAAAUAUGUCCAAGCUGUCGAAUUGUCGAAACAAUUAGGUGCCGAGAAUUUGUACCUCAAGGCAUCAAUUCAAUAUCAGGCGUCGUGGAAAUUGGAACUCCGACGCGUGAUGGAGACGACCGUGGCCUUGGAUGAAUUCACAGCAUCAGUCUCGAAGCCGCCCUCUCCAUUCCCUUUUAAGCUGAAAAUGAUGAAUGAACAGGAGGCCGAAUCGGUGUUUGGAUUUCACCCGUUUACAGAACGAGACGUCAAGGAUGUCAUUUUGCAGAAUACAAAGUCUGUCAAGCGUGUACAGCACCAACUGCUUAGCAGCAAUAAUCGUAAGCUUAGUGGUGACAAGUAUGACAUCAGAGCCGAUGAAGAAGUGACCGAUGAAGUUUUCGGAUCAAUUGACCAUUCUGAACUAUUUGGAUGGGACUUGCGCCGACGCGUUCGAGGAAGUGAUAUGGAGUUCGUCUUUACCAAGCGAUUCAAGAAAUUGUCGGUCUUGGAGAUUAUGCAGAAGUCUUGGGUGAAUGGAAUGCACUUGAAGGGCGCUCAGAUGGUCAAAUACGAUAUUCAGAGGCUGGAAAUGCUGCAGGAAGUAAACACGAACGCCUACGUGCUCGGUCGCGACGUUCGGUCGCCUGACGAAUCACCCGUGUUUCGAACUACGUUAUUGCGGUACCGAAUGGAGAUGACGGGCACGGUGCCUUUGAACGGCUCCUUGCUUGCCGAUGAAGGAAUUAAAACAAGCUCGAAUCUGCGAGCAACUGGUUUUGUGAUCGGGACGCAAAGCCUCAACCCGGCGGAUACCUCUGGCGCCAAACUACUUCCCGAACGUGCUGGUAUCGAGCCGUCGGCACCACUCGUGUGGGCAGAGCUGGCAUACUCCAUCGAAAUAGUGCAAGUGUCCGACCGCAUUACUGGAGAAGACAAGUACGUGCAAGUGCGGUGGUCUGGUAAGAACAAUUACGGCUCGACUUUCGAUGCGCACCGCAACGCGGCGGAUAUGGUGACGACACUCCUGCGCUGGGAGUUUGGCACCAUUGCACCGGCCAUACAACUGAUCCCGAGUUUGGAAGAUGCCAAAUCGAAAUCAAAUUAG